GCUAAAUGCAGUGUAUUUUUCUUUUUUUGCAAUAACCAGAAUAUAUUCCCUCUCUCUCCCUCCUGUAAAUAUGCUACAAAAUCUCUCCCUCUAAUUAAAACCCUGCUCGUCUCUUUCUUCUCUCAAUACAAUCUCUCCCAAGAAAGAGAAGAAAAAUAAAAUAAAAUCCCUCUUUCUACUCUCGAUACAAUCUCUCCCGAGAGAGAGAGAGAGAGAGAGAGAGAGAGAUGGAUUCGUAUACUCUGCAUCUAGCCAUGGCGGCAUUAGUAGGCGCCUCUUUCGUAGCCGUCUCCGCCUACUACAUGCACCGCAAAACCCUAACUCAGCUCCUCGAAUUCGCGCGGGCCGUCGAGCGGGACCGUGACAGUAACGCAGACGAAGAGGAGACAGACAGAGCUGAUUCUUCGCAUCAGCAGCAGCAUUCUGGCAAGUCUUCAAGGAGGAACCACCACCACCACCGCCGGAAAGGGGCGGCGACGGCCGGGUACUACCGCCGGGCUUCGGCUUCCAUGCCUGACGUGUCAGCAAUUGCUGCUGCUGUGGAAGGGGUGGAGAAGCAGCCAAAUGGGCCGCUUGAUGAUCGGAGCCUGCUGAUCCCAGCUGGCCUCCCGAGGCUUCACACGCUUCCGGAAGGUCGCGCAAGUUCAACUAAGAGAGCUGGACAUGUAAUUCGACCUCCUUCUCCAAAGUCACCUGUUGCCAGUGCUAGUGCAUUUGAGAGCAUUGAAGGAUCAGAUGAAGAAGAUAAUUUGCCUGAUAACUCUAAACUAGACAUGACCUAUUUGCAUGUUAAUGGAAAUGCUGGACCAGACUGUAACAGCUUAUUUCAAACAUUACCGGAUCAUAUGAACACUAACAGGGAGCAAAAGCCGAUUGCUGCAGCUAGCAUGAUCCGAUCUCAUAGUGUAUCUGGUGACCUGCAUGGCAUCCCACCUGACCCAGUGGCAGCUGAUAUUCUUCGGAAAGAGCCAGAACAAGAAACUUUUGUGAGACUGAAGAUCACACCAACUGAGGCACCAUCUGCCGAUGAAGCAGAGGUUUAUCUGGUUCUUCAAGAAUGCCUUGAGAUGCGUGAAAGUUAUGUGUUCAGAGAAGAGGUUGCUCCUUGGGAGAAAGAAGUUAUAACUGACCCCAGUACGCCAAAGCCUAAUCCAAACCCAUUUGCCUAUGCUGCUGAGCAGAAAACUGAUCAUUAUUUUCAGAUGGAAGAUGGAGUUGUUCAUGUCUACGCAAAUAAAGACUCGACAGAAAAACUUUUUCCUGUUGCUGAUGCUACAACCUUUUUUACCGAUCUUCAUCGCAUCCUCCGAGUUAUAGCAGCAGGGAAUAUCCGAACUUUGUGUCAUCAUCGGAUGGUUCUUCUGGAACAAAAAUUCAAUCUUCACUUGAUGCUAAAUGCCGACAGAGAAUUUCUUGCUCAGAAAAGUGCACCACACCGCGACUUUUAUAAUGUCAGGAAAGUUGAUACUCACGUCCAUCACUCAGCAUGCAUGAACCAGAAACAUCUUCUGAGGUUUAUUAAGUCGAAGUUGAGGAAAGAACCUGAUGAGGUUGUGAUAUUCCGAGAUGGGACGUAUCUAACAUUGAAAGAAGUUUUUGAGAGCUUGGAUUUGACGGGGUACGACCUUAAUGUUGAUCUCUUAGAUGUUCAUGCAGACAAGAGUACAUUUCACCGUUUCGACAAGUUCAAUCUCAAGUAUAAUCCUUGUGGUCAAAGUAGACUCAGGGAAAUUUUCCUUAAGCAAGAUAAUCUUAUCCAGGGUCGUUUCCUUGCUGAGCUCACAAUGCAGGUGUUUUCUGAUCUUGCUGCAAGUAAAUAUCAGAUGGCUGAAUAUAGGGUAUCAAUAUAUGGUAGAAAACAGAGUGAGUGGGACCAACUUGCAAGUUGGAUAGUGAAUAAUGAAUUAUACAGUGAUAAUGUCGUUUGGUUAAUUCAGCUUCCACGAUUAUACAAUAUAUACAAGGAGAUGGGAAUCGUUACAUCUUUCCAGAACAUUCUUGACAAUAUAUUUCUUCCCCUUUUUGAGGUCACCGUCAAUCCGGAUUCACAUCCCCAGUUGCAUGUUUUCUUGAAACAGGUUGUUGGGUUAGAUUUGGUGGAUGAUGAAAGUAAGCCUGAAAGACGGCCAACAAAACACAUGCCUACACCAGCUCAAUGGACCAAUAUAUUUAAUCCUGCAUUCUCGUACUAUGUGUACUACUGUUAUGCUAACCUGUACACAUUAAAUAAGCUCCGUGAGUCAAAGGGCAUGACAACAAUCAAAUUCCGUCCACAUUCAGGGGAGGCUGGUGACAUAGACCAUCUUGCUGCAACAUUCCUUACGGCUCACAAUAUUGCUCACGGAAUCAAUCUGAGAAAAUCACCUGUCCUCCAAUACCUGUAUUACCUUGCACAGAUCGGUCUGGCCAUGUCACCUCUAAGCAAUAACUCCUUAUUUCUAGAUUAUCAUCGGAAUCCUUUUCCAAUGUUUUUCCUACGGGGCCUCAAUGUUUCUCUCUCAACGGAUGAUCCUUUACAAAUCCACUUGACUAAAGAACCUCUUGUUGAAGAAUAUAGUAUAGCAGCUUCAGUUUGGAAGCUAAGCUCAUGUGAUCUUUGUGAAAUUGCCCGGAAUUCAGUUUUACAGUCAGGAUUUUCACAUGCUCUCAAGUCUCAUUGGAUCGGAAAGAUGUAUUACAAGAAAGGUCCAGAUGGGAAUGAUAUUCAUAAGACAAAUGUGCCUCAUAUUCGAAUUGAAUUCCGUGACACGAUAUGGAGAGAAGAGAUGCAGCAAGUUUUUUUGGGCAAAGCUAAUAUACCUGAAGAAGUGGACAUGUGAGGUGCAAGGUGCAUGAUGUACUUAUCUAUUCUUGAUUAUCAGCAAUCUGUUCCCUGAAGGCAAAAGACCCAAUAUUCCAAUUUCAUCUAGCAUAUGAAAUUGCAGCUCUGUGGGGAUCUUUUACCCAAGAGUUUCAAGCUGAAAAUUUGGUUCACACAGGCAAAAGGGGAAGCCAAGAUGUGUAAAGUGGUUGAAGCAUACCCAAUAAUUGUAAGAUAAAGAGGUCUGUAGUACUCAAAAGAGACAGUUGAUGAGUUAUCAUUACAUACACUGGGAGAAGAAUGUUCUCGCAGCCAGCGUAGUUUGACCCUUUUAAUCUGAAGGGUGUACUUACGAAAUAUAAUUGCCUGUAUUGAAUUUUCUAGUGAAGCUCGUCUUCAAAAACCCUAGUAAUUAAUAUAUGCUCUCUACAUGGUGGCUGA